GGAACGAGAUAUUCUCAGCCACACAGUAAAGGGGGCCGUCCCUGUUAGUGGAGAUCUGCCCGAGAAAGGCCCACCUAUAGUGAUCAUCUGAAGAUAUCUCCCAUUUAGACGAUAGUUUAACUCGUGUGUGCGACCAAAUUAUAAGGGAACAAGUUGAAGGCUAUUUUUGAAUCGCAGAUCGGCCAAGAUGGAUGUUUUUAUGAAGGGUCUGUCUAAAGCAAAAGAAGGGAUGGCUGUGGCCGCAGAGAAGACCAAGGAGGGAGUUGCUGUGGCUGCUGAAAAGACCAAGGAAGGAGUGAUGUUUGUAGGUAACAAGGCCAAAGACAGCGUCGGCACAGUGGCUGAGAAGACUACUGGAGCUGUUGGCAAUAUUGUUGCUGCCACUGGCCUUGGGAAGAAGGACGAGUUCCCAGCUGACAUGAACCCUGAGGAAUAUGGACAGGAGGCCAUGGAGGGCCAGGGAGAGGCAAUGUUGGAGCCAGAAGGGGAGACAUAUGAUGACACCCAGCAGGAGAGCCAGGAUUAUGAGCCAGAGGCGUAAACGCAUCAGUCAGAGCCACUAUCCAACCAGCAGCACAAUAAUCUUUCUAAUAAUAAAAGGACAAAAGCUGAAACUAAUACAAUUAUAUCCCUGUUGCAAAAAAAUCAACAAAAAGACAAGCAUUCCCACAGAAAAAUGUUCUUCCUUCAAGACAAAUCUUUUAUUAUUAUAUAUUGUACAUGUAAUGUUAUUAAUGUAGUGUGUUGGGUGUAGAUAUAUAUUGAAAUGUAGGAUUUGACCUCUCGGUCUCAUUUCCUUGAUUCCCUCCCAAUGAAAUGAGACCAGAGCCAGGCCUGUGACUUUGUACUUGUGUGUAUCUGUAUUUAAAAACGUGCAAUAGGUGUUCAGCAUCUUCCAAUGAGACAUUGGGAGUGGAAAAAAUAGAAAAAUGGCCAGUUGCAAGCAGAUAUGAAUACAAUAAUAUCUUCUUAAAUGUCAACAAUGCCUGUUUGUGGGUUUUUCCUUUUGCAUUUCUUUGAGGGUUAAUUUCUUUCUUAAGUAAGAGUUUUUUACAUUGUAUCUUUAUAGUUGCUCGUGAAUCAUUCCAGUAAACUCUUUGUUAGAAACCAACAGAGUGUACACGUUUGUGUGUGGGUGUGUUUGUGUGUUCUGAAGAGUUUAACAAGUUAAAGUCAAUAUAUUCUGUCUUGGAAUCAUAAUGGUUGUCAUAUCAAAAUGUGCUUUAAAUUGCAGGGCUUGUCAAUAUAAAGGUUUAUGUGUUAAGCCAGACAUGCAAAUCCUCUGUAAAUAAAAAAAUGAAAAAACUCA